UUAUUAUCACAAAGUAACAGAUUUGCGAUAAAUUCUCUCCAAUUUCAAUUGCUUACAGAAUCUUUAGAUUCAGAUCAAAUUAAAUCUGAAUCUGAUAUUGAUAUUGAUCUAUGUUAUGAUGAAAAUCUUGUCAUGUCUAUUAUUUCUAAUUAUUUAAACAAUCCAUCUCGAAUUAUAAAUGUUUAUCCAAAAUCAAACCACUGGUACUCAAAUAUUUUGUUUAAUUAUGAUAAAAUUCAGUUUCAUCGAACUUUGAGAAUGAAACAAUCAAUGUUUUGGAUGAUUAUUAAUAAAAUAAAAACCCAUAAAAUUUUUAAAAAUAUUUCACAAAACAAGCAAAGUCCAAUAGAAAAACAGCUUGCAGUAGUUUUAUAUAGAUUAGGUGGAAAGGCGACAAUUUGGAAUAUUUGUUUUAAAUUCAGAAUUGCAAAAAUUACUGUUUCAUUAUUCAUAUCUAGGGUUAUUAAGGCUUUAAAAGAUUUAAAAAAAGAUGUUAUUGUCUAG